AUGUUGAGAUUAUACAGGGGGUACCUUGACCUCAACAUUGGGAAAAAUGUAUUUGGAAUUCUACAUCUAAUAAAUGUUUUGAUAGAACAUGUAGUAAUGCUGAUUCAACAUAUAAUACUGACCUUAAAUGUUUAGAAGUUGGAAAUUGCACAGUUAAAUGAGGUGAAGAUGGACUGCUUUUUCAGAUUAUAAAGUAGCUGA